UGCGCGCUCACUUUGCCUCUGCACUGACGCAAGUCACAGAUCGGCUUCACGACACUGCAUUAGGACAAACAACGCAGAGCUGCCACCAUGUCGUCGGAGCAGGACAGCUGCUACCUGUGUAAGGAGUACCUCAGGGAGCCCGUGUCCAUCCCCUGUGGCCACAUCUUCUGCUCCAUCUGUUUGAAGACAUACUGGGACCAUGCUGACCACACAGGCUCGUACCAGUGCCCACAGUGCAGAGUCACUUAUAACAAGAGGCCCACCCCGCGGCGCAUGGGUGGCUCCCGGUACUCCACAACCCAACGCAACAGCGACCCAUACCCGCCGCCUCCUCCGUCGCCCGACUACGACUUUGCAGGUCCCCAGGAUGUAGGCUGUGACAUCUGUGUCGGCAAGAAGAACAAAGCCAUCAAAACCUGCCUGAUGUGCCUGGCUUCCUACUGCGAGAAGCACCUGAAGCCCCACUACGAGUCAGCCACCUUCAAACGCCACAAGCUGGUGGAUGAAAUCGGCCACCUGGACAGACAGAUCUGCCCCCAGCAUCAGAAAGGUCUGGAGCUUUUCUGUCGCACGGACCAGAUGUGUAUCUGUGUGUUGUGCACGGUGAAAGAGCAUAAAGGUCACGACAUGGUGUCUGCUGAGCAGGAACGAGCAGAGGAACAGCAACGGCUGGGCGCUACCCAGGCUGAGAUCCAGGAGAAGAUUCAUGACCGACUCAAGCAGAUGGAGGAACUGAAACAAGCGGUGGACUCACUCAAGAACUCAGCCCAGAGAACCCUGCAAGACUGCGAGAAGAUGUUUGGCGACAUGCUGCGCUCGAUUGAGAGGAUGCAGCAAGAGAUGGCCAAGUUGAUCUCCUCCAACAAGAGAGCGGCGCUCAACAACGCAGAAGGCCACAUGGAGCGUCUGAACCACGAGAUCGCCGACCUAAAGAGGAGAGACACUGAGAUCACCCAGCUGUCCCGCACUGAGGACCACAUCCACUUCAUCCAGUCCUACCACAUGCUGAUAGCUCAGACGGAGGCCGAGGAGCUGCCCACAGUGACCGUCAACCCCUACUUCACCUUCGGCCCCGUCACUAAGGCCGUGUCCGAGAUGAAGCAGCACCUCAACGACUUCGGCAAUGACGAACUGGUUAAAGUCGCCAAGACGGUGAACAAAAUGUCUUUCUGUGAACUGGAUGAUACCAAAAAAAGACGUUCGCUAAGAAGUGAAGAUGCGUCAGUGUCCAAAUCUCUGCCGGUGCACGAGCUGCAGCACAGGGACGAGUUCCUAAAGUAUGCUUGCCAGCUGACUCUGGAUCCGAACACAGCCUACAGACAGCUCCAGCUGUCCCGAGGGAACAGGAAAGCUACCCUCAAGAGAGACCCUCAGAACUAUGGUGACAACGCAUCCAGGUUCGAUUCCCUGCCACAGGUCCUGUGUAAGGAACCCCUCUCUGGAGGGGCUUACUACUGGGAGGUUGAUUGGAGCGGGGAGGGAGCCGCCCUAGGGAUCACCUACAAGGGCAUCAAAAGAACAGGUUACGGUGACAACUGCCGAAUCGGCUACAACCGCAAAUCAUGGAGCCUCUUCUGCUCUGACUCCAGCUACUCGGCCCGCCACAGCAAGGACCAGAUAGAGAUCAACGCGCCUUACUCAUCCCGUAUCGGGGUGUUCCUGGACCACUCCGGAGGUACUCUCUCUUUCUACUCUGUAGGCGACACCAUGUCCCUCAUCCACCGCUUCAAGGCCGCGUUCAGUGAAGCUGUCUAUCCGGGCUUCUGGGUUUGGUAUGAGUCGGCCAUCACCAUCAUCCAGCUGUGAACACGCAACACUCCCCCAGCGAGCAACUCAAGAUUGUUUAUGAUUGUUAAAAAAAAUUGCAGAACAAAUCAGAGAGUGGAAACCUCUGCCAAAACCCUGCUGUCCAGCUGAAAAACCCAUUAACCAUUUUUUUUGGAUGCAAAGCUCACCACAUUUUACCAAAAAAAAAAAAAAAAAAAAAAAAUCAUUCAUAUCUUUUAGAGAUAUCUGCAGCGGACUCCAGUGGCCACCA